AGGGCAGUCGAGAUCACUUUCGUCUUCCUUCCACAUUUAGGUCCUCUGCUUGUGCUUAGCGUCUUUUCUCUUUUCGGAUAAUUCUACGCAGCUUUUGCAAUGAACAGUCUUUUAUUGGCGUUUCUCUUUUUCUUUACUGCCGCCUUUGUGCUGCGGUGGACGAGAUUGUCCAACCUGCGAGGCGCCGCUGUGCGCGGCGACGUGCUCGUUGUCUUUGCGCACCCCGAUGACGAAGCUAUGUUCUUCACACCGCUGCUGACGUCCCUGCGCACCCGCAACGUCGGCGUGCACUUUCUCUGCCUCUCCAACGGCAACGUUGACGGUCUCGGAAAGGUGCGCGAAAAGGAACUUGUCGCCAGCGGCGCCUUCUUCGGUGUGCAGCGGCGGAACAUCAAAGUAGUUGACCGUUCCGAGUUGCAGGACGGAAUGCGAAACGCGUGGAGCACAACCGUGAUACGAAAAGAAAUUGAGUCCUACAUGCAGAAAGCUGGCAACAUCAGCACCAUCGUUACCUUUGACAAAUACGGCAUCUCAGGCCACCCCAACCACGUUGCCGUGCACAACGGCGUGCGCGACCUCAAAGAGAGCAUGCCACCGGGCAUCAUUUACCUGCAGCUGCGAACGCGCAACCUUCUUAUGAAAUAUAUCGGUCCGUUGGCAGCCUUUUCCUAUACAACGUUCGCAGCGACCUACGUUAGUCGGACAAACUUUGCAGCUCUUAUACACCCCGCGUCAUUCUGGGCCAGUAUGGCAGCUAUGCAGCGUCACGCGUCCCAGCUCGUUUGGUUUCGCUAUUUGUUUGUGUUAUUUUCGUCCUAUACGUAUGUCAACGAACUGGAGGAGCUGUAG